AUGUUGCCCAGCCACUCUUCCUACACUUCCCUCGUCCUCUCCCACUGCUCUUCCCUCUCGUUUUGCUUCCUCCGCCCCUCCUUCUGCCAUCCACUCUUUUCUCCCUUUUCCCUUCUUCCUGUCCCAUCGUCCCCUCCCUCUGCCCCUCCCUUUGUCCCUCCCUUUUCCCUUCCUUGUGCCCCUUGGCAUGCUUCCCUUUUUGCUCCUACCCCUUUCCCUCCUUGUUCCUCUCCCCCUAUUCCACACCCAUAUCCCCCCCAAGCUCACUUGGAGUCCUUCUCUGUUCUUCCUUGCAUCACUACUGAUGAGCUAAUUUACAGCUAUGACUCAAAAGACUUGAGCUCAGACAUUCUUGUUUCUUGUGGUUCUCUCUACUCCUCUCCCUCCCUCAUCUGGCCGCGAGUAGGAGUACGUUCAGGCCGUCGGCUGACCGCGGUGCUGUUCGUGUCGCAGCUUCUGCUGUUACGUUUCGCGAAUGCGUUCGCGAAAGUAGACGAAUUCGCUCACGGCGGGCGAAUCACCGCGGAAAGCCCUCGAUAUUGGAACGGAGCCCGGCGGCUGACAACGUACGCCGACCUAAUGGGCGAGCGGAGUUCCCCAGACCCUGAUACAGCAACAUCCGCCAGUGAACCAGCAGUCACCACGGCCACCCCCGCUACAGUCACAUCCGAUACAGGUGCUCCCGUGACCGGUUCGAUCAGUCACAGCAUCAACUCCGGUGCGGGUGUAGCUGCCCCCGCUGCAGUCACAUCAACAGCCAGUGUAGACGAUGCUGCGGAGGCUGGCGCUACUAGCAGCGACGCCGCUGCCUCUGCAACGGAUUCCCCGAAUUCCUCGACGCGCACCACCACCUCUUCUCCCUCUUCGUCCUCUUCCCCGCCGCCUUCGCCUCCUCCCUCUGGGAACGCGCGUCUGCCUGCCGCCACGGAUCCCUCCCUCCACUCUCAAGACUCCUCCCAUGCCUCUCCUUCGUCAGACCCCACUUCGCCGUCAGAUGUCUCUUCGUCUUCGUCUUCGUCGGCAGCAAGGGCGGAUAGCAACGCGGGAGGAAACAGCCUCCCAGACUCGAGAUCCCUCCCCCGACCGCAACAUCUCACUCCCCACACCCGCCCCAGGCGUCACCCCGCACACCCCCCAGUCUCCGCCCCCCCCUCCGCACGUGCGCCUGCGGGUUCCCCCCAGGGGGGUCCUCAAGGCAGUGUCUCCGGGGAAGCUCCCUCUUCGCCUGGCGGUGAUGGGGGAGAGACUUCAGAUGCCACGUCAGAUGAAACAUCAGAUGCCACGUCAGAUGCCACAUCAGAUGCCACGUCAGAUUCCUCCUUGCAGAGCCCUCCGCACGCCCCUGCCUCUGAUGCCGCCUCCCCCAGCUCGCCCCUGCAGCCCUCCGCCUCUGAUGGCUUCCCCCCGGAAGAAGAUCUUGGGGGGCAAGCGGGGCAGGGGGGGGAGGUGGGGCAGGUGGGGCAUGGGGAACACGCGGGGCACACGGGGCAUGCGGGGGGAAGAGGGGGAGGGCGGGAGGAGGUGCGGUGGUGCUGCGUGGGGCGGGGGGAGUGCGCCUUCUGUGGGGAGGUGGUGCCGGCACUGUCCACUCACAGCCAGCUGUGGUCCUGGUGGGUCAGCUGUGGUCUUGGUGGGUCAGCUGUGGUCCUGGUGGGUCAAUUGCUAGUCCUGGUGGGUCAGCUGUGGUCCUGUGUGCAGUGGCACAGCAAGCAGGAGUGCAUGGGCGCCAUAGCGGCCAGCCAUGCAGGUGCGCAGCGGCGAGAUCAUAACUCGAGAUUGUUUCAAUCCCCUCAUCCCCCCCCUCUUCCCCUCAUCCCCCAACCUUUCAUCCCCUCAUCCCAUCCCUACAUGUGCUGCUCGCAUGCACUCAUGCUUUCUUGCCCCCAUACCCUCAUCCCUCUCCGCUUCAUCCCAGUGUGCAGCGGCGUAGCAAGCAGGAGAGCAUGCCAUAGCGGCCAGCCACUCGGGGCGAGCAGUGCGGCGCAGCAAGCAGGAGAGCAUGCCAUAGCGGCCAGCCACUCGGGGCGAGCAGUGGUCCAGUGGCUGAUCGUUGAUAAGCACGCCAUGCCCUCAUGCCCGCCCUGCCCCACACCCUACCCCAGUGUGCAGCGGCGCAGCAAGCAGGAGUGCAUGGGCGCGAUUGCGGCCUCUCAAGCGGAGCUCGUCUCGUUAGACGCAGGUCUGGCGUUCCGAGCCUUCCUGCACGGCCGCAUGAAGGCCCUCAUGAGCGAGCGCCUCGCAUGGGGGGAGGCCUACCCUGCUGUCGCUGUUGUGCGCAGAGAUGUGUGCGAUGCUAGCGAUGCGGGGCGGGGAGAGGCGGGGAGUGAGGGGCUCACGUGGAGUGAGGGUGCUGCUGGCGUUGGUGGUGUGGGAGGAGAUAGGGAUGGGAGAGAGGGUGCGCAGCUGCACCGCUUCAAGACGUGCCACCCGCUCUACGCCUCCGCUGCUGGCUGGGACCUCCCUGUGCGCUCCCUGCUUGCUCUUGACCUCGAGUCCCAGCUUGGGGGCGCUUUGGGCGCGCAGGGUGCGGGGGGUGGUGGGGGUGGAGGGGGUAGGGGGAGCAGCGGGGGCAGCAGCGGGGGAAGUGGGGGGUUUGGAGGCAAGGGGGACGUGGGAGGAGUGGGUGGGGGAAAGGGUGUAAGGGGAGGGGGCGGAGGAGGAAAAGGAGCAGGGCUAGGAGGCGGGUUUGCAGCGCCACCGUUUGUAGAAGGCGAGCCAGCGGAUGUGACUCUAGUGAAGGCCGUCUUCCCUGAGUCGUGCGCCCCUGGAGGGGACGGCACCCUCGGCCCCACGCCUGCUGCUGCUACUGGGGGAGGAGGUGGGGGUGGAGAAGGGGUGGGAGAGGAAGGGGGAAACGUGGGGAGAGGGGACACGGGGCGGGUGUGCAGUGGGUGUGUGUCAGUGAACGGGCGCGGGACAUGUGACGAGGAGGACACGUAUGCGGGAUUCCACGGCGCCUUCCGGUGUCUCAUGGAGCAGGCGGGCGACGUGGCCUUCCUCAGGCUCGAUACGCCGCUCUGGUUCGCCCGGGGGGGACGGUUCCAGCAGGCGUGGUCGCUGCAAGAUCUGGGGGAGUUCCGCGUGCUGUGCCCGCCCAUGGUGGGGGGAUGCUUGGAGGUCACAGAGAACGUGGACGCCAACUGCACCUUCGGCAGUGUGCCAGCCAAUGUGGUGAUGACGCGCAACAGCAUAUCGGAGCGCUUCAAGCAGGCCAUAGUGGCACGCCUGGAGCUGGCAGGCACAGUCAAAGCAUGGCGCGAGGCACUAUACGAGGGCCGCAACCCCUUCGACUACAUCCUCUCCGGCAGGUAG